UCAUGUAUUUUCUUUCUAACGAAUCACAACACAAAAUUUAUAAAAUAGACCAAAAAAUCGACUGAAAUUGUGUUUGUGGCAGUGGUAAAGUACCAAAUUACAAAAUUUAUAAAAUAACCAAAAAUCGAAUGUAAUCCAAAAAAAAAAAAAAAACAAAUUUUCAAAAGGAAUAAGACUAAACUCGAAGUGACACAACUCGCGAGUUCGCUCGUUCGUAAAUGGCGCGAGGUCUGUCUCUCUGCUCCAAUGGAAGAAAGUCUUCGACUUUACUCUCAAACUCCAUCCUUAGGGUUUCAUUUUCCUUUUCUCCGAAAACCCUUUUCACGUCUUCAUAUCCACAUCAAUCUCGCCACCCAAAAUUCUCACGAUUGUUCUGUAACCACGCAUGUGUUCCCGAGACGGUGGACGAAACGAAGUAUAAGGAGCUUUUCAAUAAAAGAAUGGCUAUGGCAGGACUUAAACCUCACCACCGAAUUGCUUUGGGAGUUUCAGGUGGUCCUGAUAGUAUGGCUCUUUGUGUUCUAACUGCAAAAUGGAAAACUGAAGGAUUAAGUUGUGUUAAUAAGUCAGAUGGUUUCAUUGAUGGACUUGUUGCUAUAGUUGUGGAUCAUGGAUUAAGACAAGAGAGUAAAGAUGAAGCUGAACUUGUCUGUUCUAGAGUUUCUCAAAUGGGUAUUAGAUGUGAGAUUGCAAGUUGUGAUUGGGUUGAUGGUAGACCAAAGCUUGGUCACUUGCAAGAAGCAGCUCGUGAAAUGAGGUAUCAAAUGAUUUCGAAUGUUUGUUUUCGACAUCAGAUUGAGGUCUUACUUAUAGCUCAUCAUGCCGAUGACCAGGCUGAGUUAUUCAUUCUCAGGUUAUCUCGUAGUAGCGGUGUACUUGGGCUUGCGGGUACAGCUUUUGCUUCCGAGAUUUUCUCCAGAAAUCUGCAGUUAGAUGCAAAACAUAUAAAGAACCGAUCUAUUCUCUUAGUGCGUCCGCUACUAGAUUUAUGGAAAGAAGACAUGUAUAAGAUAUGUCAAUGGGGUAGACAAGAUUGGGUUGAAGAUCCGACUAAUCGUAGUCAAUUGUUUGUCCGGAACAGGAUUCGAACGUCAAUAGGAAAUCUACAUUCAGGUAGCUUCAAGUCAGAGCUUCAUGCAGUCAUUUCUGAAUGCCGAAGAACACGUUCAUUUGUUGAUAAAUUUUGUACAGACUUAAUAAGUCAGACCGUAACAGUGACAGAUAAAGGGUAUGCUAUUCUUGAUCUAGAGAGACUAAAUCCUACAGAAGUUAAAGACAUUUGCCUCUCAAAGUAUCUCGCUGCAGUCUUGCAGUUUAUCUCUCAACGGCACAGACCAGUCAGAGGAAACACUUCAAAGUUGCUUUUGAACUAUAUCCGCGCAAUUCCGUGCAGGACAUCUCUAACAGCUGCUGGUUGCUACCUUAGUCCAGCUCCUGGGUCCAAGGGUACCAAAAUUAUAGUUUCUUGUUCUGUUGACUGUCCUUUACCAUCAAAGACAGAACUCGUGAACAUUUGCGUCAAUGAAGCUCAGAAAAAACCGACUUCUGAUGACCUCAGUAAAAUCAUAUCAGACGCAACAUCUAUUUCAGACCAUGAGGCCCCGAGCAAAUUGUUUGAAGUCCAUUUUUUGGUUGUUGCAUCUGAAUCCGUAUUGAGUAAAGCCAGAGAGCUCAAUCUUCUCAGCGAAUCGACCUAUACAACCAUUGGUCUACUGCAAAGGAAUGAAACCAAUCGGUUCAUAACUACAACAGAAGACAAAUCUGUAGAUGAAUCUGAGCAUGGAACCAACAUUGCAUCUUCCUCUGAUAAUGUACUUCUUUUGCCAGGGCAAAAUCUCUACUUCAUGAACCGGUUUCUCAUCAGAUGGAACUUGAGUGACCACCAAUGUGAUGAAGCUGGCUGCGGAAAUUGUCCAGUGAGGACAGCUACAUCAAUGGAGGUUCGGCACAUGGUUGAAUCCGACUGGCUAUAUCUAGCUGAGCUUUCAAAAUGCUCGAACUCAAACCAUUCUAUGUCAUCCUCACAAAAAGCUCUCAGGUCCUUAAAGUUGAUCCCAGCUGCUGCAAGAAAAAGCCUCCCGGUCUUGAUCAAUCAUUGCGGACUACUACUCAGUGUUCCCGCUAUUAGCUUCAACUAUUGUCCAUGCCUUGAGGCAUCUGCAGUGUUUCUUCCAAGAGUACCACUCGGAGGCGGUCAUAGCUCAUUUCUCUAGUCUAGCCAUAUCCUGUUUCAUUCAUUCAAUAUUUCAAUUCUAACAGACAUUUAUUCACUUGUACUGAAUUCUUGUGAAACAAAAUAAUAUUUGAUCAAGAAUCUGUAUCCUAGGCAACUUUCGUUA